UACUCCGCGGGCGUAACGCGAAAACGCAUCCUGACCCGUGGACGUUGCCCCUGGUUUGUAGUGGGUUGUAAUCGCGAUGUUCUGUAGCUGAAUUUCCUAGAUUGCUUAUAAGCGCGGCUGUGGCUUCCAGGUGGCUUUAUUUAGCUCUCUUGACAUCUAGACGGUACAUCAAACUGCCAGGCGAUGUUGAUGCGCGCCGUGUUCAAGACGUUCGGCUGGCUCCAGAGCUGGCGCCUGCAGCCGGGCCUGACACCGCUGCCGGGCGUCGCUCAGCUCUCUGACGCCGUCACCCGCGUGCUCGCCUGCAACCCCAGUCCGAUGACGCUGCAGGGAACCAACACCUACUUGAUCGGCACAGGCAGACGGCGGAUCCUCGUGGACACGGGCAGCGCGUCGGUGCCGGAGUACGUGGAUCGGCUCGAGCGGGUGCUUCGCGAGGCGGACGCCGAACUGCAGGAGGUCGUGCUCACCCACUGGCACCCGGACCAUGUGGGCGGGCUGGCCGACAUCCGGCGCCGGCUCGGAGACGUGCCGGCUCGCAAGUUCCCGCGCCCGGAGGCGGCGGAAACGCCCGGUGUGACGCUGCUCAGUGAUGGCGACGUCAUCAGCACAGAGGGCGCCACGCUCCGUGUGGUGCACACGCCCGGCCACUGCACGGACCACGUGGUGCUGAUGAUGAGCGAGGGCGGCGUCCUGUUCAGCGGCGACUGUGUCCUUGGCGAGACGACGGCGGUGUUCGAGGACCUGGCCGACUACAUGGCCUCGCUGCAGCGGCUGCUGGAGAUGGCGCCCCGCGUCAUCUACCCCGGCCACGGACCUGUCGUGGAGAAUCCGGUGGAGAAGAUCCAGCACUAUAUCGACCACCGCCUGGAGCGGGAGCGUCAGCUCAUGACGGCGCUCCGAGCCUCUGACCCCGACGCUCGCACCGUUGCUGAGCUGGUGAAGACCGUGUACACGGACAUCCCCUUCUACAUGCGACGUCCCGCGUCCGUGAACGUCAAACACCAUCUCGACAAACUGGUCAAGGAUGGCGCUGUCGCUGUGUCCGAGGGCGAACGAUACUCGCUGGUCAAAGACGGGGAGUGUUCUGCAGGGGAAAGUGGUUGAUGACAUCAAGGUGAUGCUGGGGUAAGGUGAGCUGGCCGAACAUACUCAUCCAUCUAUCAUGGCCGCCGAAGUGGUAAGGUGGCCACUGGCCAUGGGCGAAACGUGUCAGCACCCGCCGAACGGGUGCGCGGUCUCGCCCGGCACAUGGUAGUCACGCUAGGGAUGGCUGG